AAUUCUUCCAGCUCUGGCACUCAAAAGUCAGUAGGUGUCCAAGUCACCUUGGAGGGCUUAUCAAAACAGUUUCCUGGACCUGCUUGGUCCAGGAUUUCUGAUUCAUUUAGGGGAAGUGGGCCCAAGAAUUUGCAUUUCUGACAAGCUUGAAGGUUAUACCAGUGUUGCUGGCCCGAGGACACUACUUUGGGCAGCGUUACUCCAUCUGAACUCGUCUCGGUCUCCUCCCUCCUUAUGUCCCAAGAACUCCUGAUGCUGAUUUCUUUUCAGAAUAAAAGGCCAAACUAUGAUAGCAACUGGUGGAGUGAUAACCGGCCUGGCCGCCUUGAAAAGGCAGGACUCUGCCAGGUCACAGCAGCAUGUCAACCUCAGCCCGUCACCUGCCGCCCAAGAGAGGAAACCAGUCAGGCGUCGGCCCCGGGCCGAUGUUGUGGUUGUUCGUGGCAAAAUACGGCUUUAUUCCCCAUCUGGUUUCUUCCUCAUUUUAGGAGUGCUUAUCUCCAUUGUAGGAAUCGCAAUGGCGGUCCUCGGAUAUUGGCCCCAAAAAGAACAUUUUAUCGAUGCCGAAACAACAUUGUCAACAAAUGAAACUCAGGUCAUUCGGAACCAGGGCGGUGUGGUGGUUCGCUUCUUUGAGCAGCAUUUGCAUUCUGAUAAAAUGAAAAUGCUUGGCCCUUUCACAAUGGGGAUUGGCAUUUUCAUUUUCAUUUGUGCUAAUGCCAUUCUUCAUGAAAACCGUGACAAAGAAACCAAAAUCAUACACAUGAGGGAUAUCUAUUCCACCGUCAUUGACAUCCACACGCUAAGAAUUAAGGAGCAGAAGCAGAUGAACGGCAUGUACACUGGUUUGAUGGGAGAAACAGAAGUAAAACAGAACGGGAGCUCCUGUGCUUCAAGGCUGGCAGCAAAUACGGUUGCCUCUUUCUCAGGAUUUCGGAGCAGUUUUCGAAUGGACAGCUCUGUGGAGGAGGAUGAACUUAUGCUAAAUGAAAGUAAAAGUUUGGGGCAUCUUAUGCCCCCUUUGCUCUCUGACAGCUCUGUCUCGGUCUUUGGCCUCUAUCCACCUCCUACCAAGACAAGCGAUGAUAAGACCAGCGGCCCUAAGAAAUGUGAAACCAAGUCAAUUGUGUCAUCGUCCAUCAGUGCUUUUACAUUGCCUGUGAUCAAACUUAAUAACUGUGUUAUUGAUGAACCCAGUAUAGACAACAUCACCGAGGACGCUGAUAACCUCAAAAGUAGGUCAAGGAAUUUGUCAAUGGAUUCCCUUGUGGUCCCUUUGCCCAACAACAGGGAAUCCUGCCAGCCAGGCAGCAUGGCACUCCCGAGGAAUAAUUCUGUUGGGGAGUCAUUAUCGAGUCAGUACAAGUCCUCUAUGGCCCUUGGACCUGGGCCUGGACAGCUCUUGUCUCCUGGAGCUGCUAGAAGACAGUUUGGGUCCAACACAUCAUUGCAUUUGCUCUCGUCGCACUCAAAAUCCUUAGACUUAGACCGGGGUCCCUCGACUCUCACUGUUCAGGCUGAACAACGGAAACAUCCAAGUUGGCCUCGGUUGGAUCGAAACAACAGCAAAGGAUACAUGAAACUAGAGAACAAAGAGGACCCGAUGGAUAGGUUGCUUGUGCCCCAAGUUGCGAUCAAAAAAGACUUUACCAAUAAGGAGAAGCUUCUUAUGAUUUCAAGAUCUCAUAAUAAUUUGAGUUUUGAACAUGAUGAGUUUUUGAGUAACAACCUAAAGCGGGGAACUUCUGAAACAACGUUUUAACGUUUAGAAAAUGUAUCAUUUUACAAGAGUAUAUAUUUUAAAACUCUCUUCAACAGUGUUUCCUUCUUAAAGCAUUGGCUGUAAGCCUUUUUAAUCAAAUGGUUUGUAGUGUAUUAGAACUGGCUGCUUAGUUCUGUAAUGGAGAUGGUUAUAUGUUUGGGUUACUUAUGAUUGCAGUACUUUAUGUUACCACAUAUGAUUUUAUUUUUCCAUUCCUUUGAAAGCAUGAUCAUUUUUUUAUUAAUAUGAAUACAAAAUACUUGCAUCCAAAUUAAAACUCCUUUUCUUUACUUUUAAGUUCUUUCAUUGAUUGUCACAUUCAUAGAAUGAAGUAUCCAGUAUGGAAAGCAUAGGGUUCCAAAGUGUGAACUAGAAGUACCAAAUUCAGGCCCAAUAGUCAAUAUAUAUUUAUAAAUGAGUAUCAGUGCAAAUAGUAAGAUGUGAUUUUCUGAAUAAUUGCUCUUGUAUAGGAUUGGUUAAAUUAUUUAAGAGGAAAAAGAUCCAGUUUCUAUAUGAGCUCAAUAGUAUGAAUUGGUUAAGUUGGUUGUGAAUCUUAUCCUGAGCUUUAAGUAGGUAGUAUUUUUUUCAAUAUCAGUUCUGUUUUAGUAUUGUUUUAUCAAGAAACAAUGUAUUCAAGAGCCAUGGCUGAGAAUGCCAGCUAUACUUAGGGAUAAAUAUCAAAAUUCUAUUAGCUGUAACUUUAGAUAAUAAGAAUCAAAAUUUCUUUGCAAACUGACUUGAAGAAAUAAAUGAACCAAUAUAGUUUGUAGAAAUGCUCUCUUGAAAUAAUUAUAUACAUGAAGAAAAUGUUGACUAAUGAGUGAAGAUACAUUAUCUGCUAGUUAAUGCUAACUAGUCUUAGUACCUUUUUCUAGCCAUCUGGUACCAUCCAAUAUCCAUUCAUUCCCACAUCCUUAUUUUCCCCCAAUAUUUUUUAGAUCCUGGUAUUUAGAAAACAAUCAUCUAACCUUGACAUUUCUUUUAAUCUUCACAUACCACUAGCUUGAUGUUUCAAGAAAAUUUAGGCCUUGACAAAUUACCUUGAAAUUUACCUUGUGUUGGAGAGCCUUAUGAUCACUCCGAAGACUUUAGACUUUUAGGAUUGUGGUUUUCAAUUAGCGAAGAUAAUAAAUAUGAAAAUGGAUGUUUCCGUCAGAAAA